AUGGGUAACGCAAACAGUAAUGGAAAGCUGAUGCGUAUUGAAAGCUUUGCAAAUGAUCCGACAGCUUUUCGGUAAGUUAGAGCAAACAUAUUUUUUAAAUUUUUAGGGUAAAAUACGUCCUUGAAAAGCUGCUUCAUAUUGGUUUUGAAUUUUUUUUUCAAUUUUUAAAAUUUUUGAAAAUUUUGUGAGACAUGGCUCUUUUUGAACCAAAAAAAAUUUUUAUAAUGUAACUUUGAUACUGAUUCCAAUAUAUUUUAGAGUAUUUGUAAAGAAAAGAAACAAAUUCAUACCAGGCUGGCUGAAAGUAAACGAAGAUGAGAUUGUUUAUUUUCGAACGGCUAGCCAACCUCAGUUUUGGCCUUUGGCAUUCCUAAGACGAUAUGGUUAUACCUGUGCUGGAGUCUUCUUUUUCGAAAGUGGACGACGAUGUGCGACUGGAGAAGGGCUACACACGUUUCAGUCGCAUCAGGCAGAGAAGAUAUUUCAUGUAAAGAAAUUUAAAAUUUUCAAAUUGAUCUUUCGUUUUAUAUUAGGAAGGGUAGGAUAGAGUGUCGAUAAGUAGGGUGGGUCAGGGUAAGCUCGGAAAGGCUGGGGUAGGGUAGAUAGGUUAGGGUAGAUUAUGGCAAAAUAAGAUAGGUUAGGUAGGACAAAGUUAAGACAGGGCUGUGUGUGGUAAAAGAGAUGAAGUAGGGUACGAUAGGAUAGAUAGGGUAAAGUAAGUUAAUUUAGUGUUGGGUAGAGUGUAGGGUAGGGUAGGGUAGGGUAGGGUAGGGGGGUAGUGUAGGGUAGGGUAGGGUAGGGUAAGGUAGGUAAGGGUAGGGUAAGGUAGGUAAGGGUAGGGUAGGGUAAGAUAGGUAAGGGUAGGAUAAGGUAUGGAAAGGUAGAAUAUGGUACUGUAAAGUAGAAUAUCGUAAGAUAAGGCAGGGUAAAAGUCAUUUUUCAAAAUACUUUUUGUAAACAAAGUUCUUCCAGGUAGUUCAAAGCCGUAUCAGAUCCGAAGAAUUCGCCCGUUCCCGAGCUUCUUCAGUAGUUCAACAUCGUCUCAACGGCGCUUCAACCAAAAUUCAUCCAGUUCAACGAUUUUGUAGUGAAGGAGCAGGAAACCCCUUUUUAUUAAGAAGAAACCCAUCCUCAACAGUACGAAACCCGCUCGGUAAUGGACCAAUGAUGCAUAGUAACUCAUCAACAAACGUUCAUAGCACGAGAGAAAGAGAACGGCCAAGAAGUGUGGUCUCGGCCAUAGAAUAUGAUGUGAAUAGGAUUAAUAAGGCGCCCAAUAACCUGAUGAACAGCUCGUACUCAUCGGCCGUCAAUAGCUUGUGGAGUAGUGCUCAGAGGCUGGAGGGGGAGAUUGUGUAAUUUUAAAGUGCAGGGCGGUGGUUGUGUAGGGUAGAGUAGGGUGGGGUAGGGUACGGUAGAAAAAGUAGAGUAAGGUAGGGCAGGGUAUGAUAACCUCAAAAACACAAGUUCACCUUUACCUAUAUUACAGUAACGAGCACGUGAUCAACAAUGGCUACGAAACCUACCAAUCCUGUGGUUCCGAGCGGUACAUGCGCCCAUACCCAGCCCCAACUCAACUCUCAGACCAAGUAAAAUACCAUUCUUAUGUCAAUGUAGAACUCCCAGAACCACGAUAUUACCGUGAAACUAGUGUAGCUUCCGAUCUAAUGUCAUCAGCCUCGGCCAGAGCCCCACCUAGGACCAGGGUACAACCAGUAGCACCAUUUAUGACACAAUCCAUGACACAGUCCUUGAUUUUAACUCCAACAAAGCCUCAGGCAUUCGAUCCGCCUGGCGAGUGUUUCCCGGCCAUAGAUCGGGGAAGGCCGGCUAGUACUAGUGCCACGCCGGCUAGGCCUAUUCCUGUGCCUCAGAAGCCGCCCAUGGAGUAUAUUCAGGUAAUACAUUUGAUUCUAACCUAAGUUAUCAAACCCUUGCUAUCCUACUUUUUUACCUUGCUUUGCCAUGCUGCUCUAUCUUGCUCUACCCUACACUACGCUAUUCUCCCUUCCCUGCCUUUCACUCGGCUGUUCUACUAUAUACAACCUUUCCUACCUAACAUAAAAAACGACUUUUUUUAAUUUUUUAGGGUUCAAAAUCUUAUUUUAGGCUUACAUAAUUUUUAAAAAUUGAUUUUUUACUGUUUUUUUAAAUUUUCAAACUUGAAACAUUAUGCCAAAAAAAAUUUAUGAUUUAAAAUUAUGUUUCUUUUUUAGGUUCCAUUACUAAAUCGAUCCCAAACUGUAGUUCAAAAUGGAGCUGAUCUAACUAAGCGGUAAGUAUUUUUUAAAAUUUUUAAUUUUUUUUAGUUUUUCAUUUUUUAUAAACAAAGUUUUUGCCACUUUUUAUUUUGUAAAGAAAGUUCUUGCCAUUUCUUGUUUUCGAAACAAAGUUCUUGCCCUUUCUCGUUUUGGAAAGAAAGUUCUUGUUAUUUUUUAUUUUGUAAAGAAAGUCUUCGCUAUUUAACUUUUAUAUAUUUUUUAUUAGGUUGUUCAUGUAAUUGCGCGCCUUUUACUCCCGAAAAUUUGCUUUGGGAGGGGGAGGGCACAUAAUUAUUUGAACAAGCACAAGGGGACAAAGAAGUUAUUGAACAAUCUUGAAGGGACACAGAAUUAUUUGAACAACCGAAUAGAUAAUUUUCUAAAAAUUUGUUUUCACUGCCAUUUCAAGUCUCCUUUUAACAAAUUUUUGGCUUAAAUUGAGUAGGACAGUCAUCUCCAACAGGUGCUUAAUUAAAUGCUUCGGGAUUUAAUGUCAAUUCAGUUUAAUCCAAACAUUUCUGAACAAGAUUUAUUUCCAAUGGCAAACAAAAGAAAAUGUCUAAUGACAUUUUUAUUUGACGUUAAAACGCAAAAAAAUGCCUGGGGCAGCGGAAGAAUGGAAUUUGCAGGAAAAUGGCAAGAACUUUGUUUACAGAACAUAAAAUGGCAAGAACUUUCUUUACAAAACGAAAAAUGGCAAAAACUUCUUUACAAAACAGAGAAUUGCAAAAACUUUCUUUACUAAACAAAAAAUGGCAAGAACUUUCUUUAUAAAACAAAAAAUGGCAAGAACUUUCUUUACAAAGCCAGAAAUAGCAAAAACUUUGUUUACAAAGCAAGAAAUGGCAAGAACUUUGUUUACAGAACAAAAAGGGCAAGAACUUUCUUUACAAAGCCAGAAAUAGCAAAAACUUUGUUUACAAAACCAAAAAUGGCAAAAAAUUUUUUUCCAAAGCCAGAAAUAGCAAAAACUUUGUUUACAGCGACUAAAACCACAUAUUUUAGAGCCCCUUCGAUAAGCCAACGUUCCGACUGUUCGAGCGUGAUUUCCGCGUCACCAUCGAUGGACAAUCAAUCAGCUGUCUCGGCUCCAGCGACCAGUCGAGUCAAUUAUGCGUUGAUUGACUUUAACAAAACCAAAGCCUUGGAACAGUUUUCGAACGUGAAGCAAAAAGCGGCCGAAAAGUUGAGAAAUAAUCGAUUUAUCCGAAAACAUUGA